ACAACAGUGGCACGCUGUGUCUUCCUGGGGUCGUCUCUGGCCUCCUUGCUCUCCUAGCUCUGUGUUGCGUGGUUUGUCUCUGCCAGCCGCAAGCUUUGGCAGCAUGUGAGCAGCUGUUUGCCAGGAGCCCAGGUCAGCGCUGCACGAGGGCCCUCAGGGAGAAGACGGUCAGGAGGGAGCCGAUGCCAGGCGCUUCCAGAGUCACCCCCACCAUAGCAGAAUGCGCCCCAGGGGACCGGCCACAGCGCCCGACGGGAACCCUCCACAGUGAACACACCCUUCAGCUGAUGAAAGAACUCUGAGUAAAACAAUUAUUUAAUUUCCAAAUAUUCAAGUUCAAAAGCCUUCUGUGUGAAGUGCCAGCAGUCACUCCUCCCUCCUAGCAGAUACCAGGGUUUUCUGGCACCAAGUUGAACUCUUCUUGGUACUUCUGGCAGUGACAGAGCCACAGGACUGAGUUAACUGCUAAAUGCUUGCAGACGGGUAGUCCAGCCGAGGCCCCGAGCCCACACGGAAGCCCUGCCCAGCCUCGGAUGCUUCACCCUCCUCACCCACCUCCACAGCCCGUUUGUACAGGGGAGGCCCCGCGUUCAGGGGCCGCCCCCCCGUGGCCCCUCCCUGCCGACGUCACUCUCCUGCGCUGUCUGAGCGGUAGGCGUGCCAUGUGAGCUGUGGAAUGGAGUGUGCCACCGGCCGGGGACGUGCUGGCAGCUGCAGGCGGGCGCUGGGCGGAAGGACCCUCUGAAGGCUGUGCUCUGCGGGGAGGGGGCGCGAGCCGGGCCGCCAGCCUCCACCAUGUUCCUGCUGCUGCCCUUCAACAGCCUGAUUGUCAACCUCCUGGGCAUCUCACUGACCGUCCUCUUCACCCUGUUGCUCGUCUUUAUCAUCGUCCCCGCCGUGUUUGGAGUCUCCUUUGGGAUCCGAAAGCUCUACAUGAAAACCCUGCUGAAGAUCUUCGCAUGGGCUACCUUGAGGAUGGAGCGAGGAGCCAAGGAGAAGAAUCACCAGCUCUACAAGCCCUACACCAACGGAAUCAUCGCUAAAGACCCCACGUCACUAGAGGAGGAGAUCAAGGAGAUUCGCCGCAGUGGCAGCAGCAAGACGCUAGACAGCGCCCCGGAAUUCGAGCUCUCCGACAUCUUCUACUUCUGCCGCAAAGGGAUGGAGACCAUCAUGGAUGAUGAGGUGACCAAGAGGUUCUCGGCUGAGGAGCUAGAGUCGUGGAAUCUGCUGAGCAGAACCAACUAUAACUUCCAGUAUAUCAGCCUGCGGCUCACUGUUCUGUGGGGGCUGGGCGUGCUCAUCCGCUACUGCUUCCUCCUCCCGCUGAGGGUCGCUCUUGCUUUCACCGGCAUUGGCCUCCUGGUGGUGGGCACGACCAUGGUGGGAUACCUGCCGAAUGGGCGGUUGAAGGAGUUCCUGAGUAAGCAUGUUCACCUGAUGUGUUACCGCAUCUGCGUGCGUGCGCUCACGGCCAUCAUCACCUACCACGACAGGAAGAACAGACCCAGAAAUGGUGGCAUCUGUGUGGCCAACCACACGUCCCCUAUCGAUGUGAUCAUCCUGGCCAGCGACGGCUACUACGCCAUGGUGGGUCAAGUGCACGGGGGCCUCAUGGGUGUCAUCCAGCGGGCCAUGGUGAAGGCCUGCCCCCACGUCUGGUUUGAGCGGUCUGAAGUGAAAGACCGCCACCUGGUGGCCAAGAGGCUGACUGAGCAUGUGCAGGAUAAGAGCAAGCUGCCUAUCCUCAUCUUCCCAGAAGGGACCUGCAUCAAUAACACAUCGGUCAUGAUGUUCAAGAAGGGCAGCUUUGAAAUUGGGGCCACCGUGUACCCUGUCGCCAUAAAGUACGACCCGCAGUUUGGGGACGCCUUCUGGAACAGCAGCAAGUAUGGGAUGGUGACGUACCUGCUGAGGAUGAUGACGAGCUGGGCCAUCGUCUGCAGUGUGUGGUACAUGCCACCCAUGACCAGAGAGGCGGACGAGGACGCCGUGCAGUUUGCGAACCGUGUCAAGUCGGCCAUCGCCCGGCAGGGAGGAUUGGUGGACCUGUUGUGGGACGGCGGCCUGAAGAGGGAGAAGGUGAAGGACACCUUCAAGGAGGAGCAGCAGAAGCUCUACAGCAAGAUGAUCGUCGGGAACCAUGAGGACAGGAGCCGCUCCUGAGGCUGGAGAGCCGCCCGGGAGGCCUGCAUCCAGGCCGGGACCUCAGGCGGGCGGCGGGCUUGGCCCGGUGUCGGCAGCCUGCUGUCCGGGGCGGGCGCCUCCCCGUGUCUUCCCCAGGGUUCUCGGGAGGGUGCCAUUAAAGUCAGCUCUGCAGCUGUGCAGGUCGUGCGUGGCCCCAGCCAGGCCUGCGGGCGCCGUGGACUCCACUGCCAGAUGGUCCGACUGUGACAAACAGCUUCAGGCUUGCCCCUGCUGCCCGUGUGACUUGCUCUCUCUUUCAUGUGUGCCUCAGUUUCCCCGUUGGUGGCACGGACCCAGAGUGGGAGGGCGUCGACACCUACCUCACAGGGUUGUUGUGGGGCCGACGGUGCGACUGUUGAGUGAAGGACUUGUGUUCAGUGUCAGGAGGGCUGGGCAUAGGCUGAGGCCUCCUGUGGCCUUCUGUGAGUAAAUAAAAUGUACGGAUGGCAAACA